GCUCAUUUCGCCAACAAAAUAAUUUAAUUAAAAAGUAUAAUUCGAUUCAAAACGAACUCUUCCGCAACAACCACCGUAAAUCAUCUGCGCAUGUUCUUGGAGCUCCGGCUCCAUUGACGGAGCCCCAGCUCGGAAUUACCGUAUCAUUUAUUGUAAUUUUUUAAUCAGAUCUCAUUUUCGUUUCAGAUCGUCAAAUGUCCAAAAGCUGGGGUAACAUCGGUGCUUGGGCCGCCGAGGCCGAGCAAGCUGAAGCCGAAGAACGUGAGGCAGCUGCAGCCGCGGCCGCAGCGGCAGCAGCAUCGCCGAGCUUCCCUAGUUUGAAAGAAGCUGUAAGCACGAAGCCCAAGAAGAAGAAAAUGACUCUCGGGGAAUUCACUAUGGGCGGCUAUUCUGCCACUGGCGGUGGAGCCACUGAUUAUUCCUAUAGCCGUUUGACCCCUGACGAGAUGCUCCGGCUACCUACGGGUCCUAAGGAACGCUCACCCGAAGAAAUGCAGCAUGGUAGACUCGGUGGAGGCUUCUCGUCCUACGGACGUCCCGCAAGACCGAUGCGUGACCGGGAUGAUAGCUGGGGAGGUGGCAAUAGACGACCGUACGGUGGAUUCGAUGACGAGCAGCAGCAACGGAGAGGCCCACCUUCUAGGGUUACGGAUUUUGAACAACCUUCGAGGGCCGAUGAGGUAGAUAAUUGGGCAGUUGCAAAGAAAUCAAUCCAAUCCUUACCUUCCCAGGAUUCCAGUCGUCCGAGUCGCUACGGCGGUUUAGGUUCAGGAGGUGUAGGGUUCUCUCGAGCUGAUGAGGAUGAUAAUUGGACGGCUGGAAAGAAGCCCAUACAAACGAGAUCAUCUACAUUUGGUUCUGGGUUUCAUGCUUCGGCUCCUGAACCUGAUCGGUGGACUCGAGGAGGCGGAUUCCGGGAUUCGCGGUCCAGAUUGAAUUUGGAUCCACCAAAAGCGGAUUUGGGGAUUAAUGAACCAGUGCUGGUGAAGACAAAUAAACCAAAUCCGUUUGGAGAAGCUAGGCCAAGGGAGCAGGUUUUGGCUGAGAAGGGAGUGGAUUGGAAAAAGAUGGAAAUGGAGAUUGAGUCCAAGAAAGCGACCAGUAGUAGGCCUACUAGCUCCCACUCCAGCAGGCCUUCAAGUGCCCAGUCGAGCAGGUCGGAGAGUCAGGGAUCUCAAGGAUUGGAGAGUGUUGGGAGGCUCAAUAGGCCAAAGGUGAAUCCAUUUGGAGAUGCAAAACCUAGGGAAGUUUUAUUGGAGGAGCGGGGUCAGGAUUGGCGUAAGAUGGAUCUUCAUUUGGAGCAUCGACGGAUUGACAGGCCUGAAACUGAGGAGGAAAAGAUAUUGAAAGAACAAAUUGACCGCUUGAAAAAGGAACUUGAGAAAGAAUCUGCAAUGAAAUCAGACAGGGAAUCCAUGCAGGGAUCUGGUGGAGAGAAAUCUAGUUUGCAUAAUUCUAUACUCCAGAAAGAGAGGGAAUUGGAAAUGCUUAUCCGGGAUUUGGAUAACAAAGUUCGGUUUGGGCAGAAAUCCAUUGAAAGACCUGGUUCUGGAGCAGGUAGGGCUUCUGGCUUUCCUGAGAGACCUCCUCAAUUUGGAUCUUUUGAUGAGUCAAGAAGUGUGGAGUUCAUGGAUAGGCCUCGUUCACGAGGCAUGGGAGAUGUAUCAACAAGGCCUGGAGAUGACAGGAGAGGAUUUCAGGGUGGCAGGGAUAGGGGGUUUCUGGGUAACAGGGACAUGGACAGGCAAAGAUCAAGAGAGAGAUGGUGAAGAAUUAGUGGGUGUAGAAUCAUUAUCUCCUAUGCAUUUGACAAGCUGAAGAUAAUAAUAUUUUGUCUCACCUUUUUUUGGUUUUAAAAAAUUGUUAUCUUGUUUUUACUUGCUCUGAAAAUGGAGCUAGGAUUUAUUGAGAACUGUGACUGGGAACUCCUUGCGUUGAUCUUGAAACUAUGUAAGAUUGGAAAUGUUCCCCUUUCUUUUUGCCUGCUCUGAUGCAUGGAGUCUGUAUUGUUCUUAGGACUCAAAUUUUAUUGAACACUGUGGGAUUCUCUAGUUUAAUUGUUAUUAUUAUCAUCAUCAUAUUUUUUUUCU